GUGUCCAUCUUUUGACCACCUCUCAGUGGAGAUAUUCCUUGUUUUGCCCAACCUAUGAUGCUGCUGAUGUAUUAUAUGAUUAUUUUUGCCUAUGCGUCAUAUGUCAACCAAUGGAAUUAUCCUGUAUUUGGUAUACCUGUUCUUGAAUGUUUAGAUAUCUAAUCCUAUAAAAAUAGGACCCUGGAAGGAGGGGGCAUCUGAAAUCAUAAGGAAGAUCUGAGGGCCAUUUCAUUAGAAGGGAUCAUGGACCCUUUAAUAAAGUGCCAUUGGCCCAGAGCUCUGCCUCAGUUUUUCUUAUUGUAGGUUAGAGCGUUUUUUUAUUAACACAUUGCUGGCUACAUUAUUUUAUUACCAUAUUACAUCCUGAGAUGGGAUGGUGAGGCACCCCAACCUCUUUUGGCUGGCCCCUACAAGGGACCCAAAAAGAGGAAGUGCACACUGGAUCAAAUUUUUGAUGAUGGCUCCCUCACAGACACCAGCCCUUGGAGGCUGGACUCCCCUCACUGUCUGCACGCAAAUUCUCUGAGCCUGAGGUAAAUCUCUUCAAGAUUGGGAGCUUUGUCUUUCUAUCCCAAGCACCAAGUAUAGUGCCUAGCGCAUAUUUUCUGAGAGGAAGGAAACAAAUAGUUGUUAAGCUCCUACUACGUGCCGACAGGCCCUCCUUGAAGUAAUCCCCAGAGGAAUAUUUCCUAUCUGAGCCUGGCUAUAAUACCCUGUGAAUAAUGAGGACUUCUGUUGCAUGAUUGACUGUUCCAAAAGAUAUCUAUGACUUUUACCUGAAAUCAAACAGAGUGACUAUUAAAUGAUCAGAUGAACAGACUUCAUUUUGAUAAACAUCACAAGCUCAGAAACCCUGAAAAUUGCAGCCUUCACUAACAGUGGGAAAGUGGAAUAACUUUUCUCAUAUUAUCUCACCCAAGAUUUAGCUUCAGUUCUAGGGGAUCAUUUUGCCCAGGAAAAAGGAAUUUGGUAAUAUCUACUAUACAAGUCCAGUACGGAAACCCCGAGCUAACUACCCGUAUCACUACUCUGGACAAUGUAUUUGGAUUACUGGACUCUGUGCUAGUGCCAUUGACCAACAGGUUCUUUGAAGCCAUCCAACACAGAGGAAUUUUUCUGAAUCUUUCUUGAAAUGUCCGAGAGUCAGUGAGCUGGAUAUUGUAAACUACUCCUUAGGAACAUCCUAUGUUCCACUCAUAUGAUGGUUUACCAGAAGAUUAAGAUAAUAUCUGUUUUCAUUAUUAUUCUUGUGGUUUCUUGUUUGUAUUUGAUCAUAUAUAACAUGAGCUUAACAGAAAUCUACACCUUUUGGACAAGAAAAGAAGGCACAGUAGUUUUCAGGAAAAAUGGUGAGAACUUUCUUCAGCUCCCAGAUAUAGACUGCAAAAAGAAUCCUCCAUUUUUGGUUGUGAUGGUGACUUCAUCCCACAAUCAGAUUAAAGCACGGAUGGCUAUCCGUGAGACCUGGGGAAAAGAAAGAAGUGUAAAAGGUAAACGUAUAAUAACAUACUUUCUGCUAGGAAUCACAGGUUCAAAGGAGGAUGAUGCAGUGACACAAGAAAGUCAGAAAUACAGAGAUAUUAUCCAGAAAGACUUUUUAGAUGUAUAUUUCAAUUUGACUCUUAAAACAAUAAUGGGGAUAGAAUGGGUUCACCGUUUUUGUCCUCAAUCUGACUUUGUGAUGAAGACUGAUUGUGACAUGUUUGUAAAUGUGUACUAUCUAACUGAACUCCUUAUAAGGAAAAACAGAACAACCAGGUUUUUUACUGGUUUUUUAAAGAUGAAUGAAUUUCCAAUUAGAAAUAUAUUUAGCAAGUGGUAUGUAAGUAAAUCUGAGUACCCAUGGAAAAAAUAUCCACCUUUUUGUUCUGGAACGGGUUAUGUUUUUUCUAGUGACAUUGCAAGUGAGGUUUAUAAUGUUUCAGAAAAAGUUCCGUUUAUUAAACUGGAGGAUGUUUUCAUGGGACUCUGCCUUGCAGAACUAAAAAUUCAUCUAGAAGAACUACACUCAGAACAGACAUUUUUCCCAGAUGGGCUUAAAUUUUCUACCUGUCGCUUUAAGAAAAUUGUGACCUGCCAUUUUGUCAAGCCAGUAGAAUUGCUGAUAUAUUGGGCAGCUUUGGAGAAGUCUUUAGAUGAAAAAUGUCUAGCUGUUUAA